AUGACAUACUGGCUCCACGAGUCGAGGGGUGUAACAAGCCUAGGUCUCCGCAGAGGUCUCAACGCUGCGGUCUCCCCACAGAGGUCUCCCCGCUCAGAUCUCCUUGCUGAGGUCUCCCCCCUCAGGUUUCCCCGCUCAGAUCUCCUUGCUGAGGUCUCCCCCCUCAGGUUUCCCCGCUCAGGUCUCCUUACUGAGGUCUCCCCCCUCAGGUCUCCCCGCUCAGGUCUCCCCGCUCAGGUCUCCUUGCUGAGGUCUCCCCGCUCAGGUCUCCUUGCUGAGGUCUCCCUGCUCAGGUCUCCUUGCCGAGGUCUCCCUGCUCAGGUCUCCUUGCUGAGGUCUCCCCGCUCAGGUCUCCCCGCUCAGGUCGCCCCGCUCAGGUCUCCCCGCUCAGGUCUCCCCGCUCAGGUCUCCUUGCUGAGGUCUCCCUGCUCAGGUCUCCUCUUGCUGAGGUCUCCUUGCCGAGGUCUCCCCGCUCAGGUCUCCUUGCUGAGGUCUCCCCGCUCAGGUCUCCUGUCUGAGGUCUCCCUGCUCAGGUUUCCCCGCUCAGGUCUCCUUACUGAGGUCUCCCCCCUCAGGUCUCCCCGCUCAGGUCUCCCCGCUCAGGUCUCCUUGCUGAGGUCUCCCCGCUCAGGUCUCCUUGCUGAGGUCUCCCUGCUCAGGUCUCCUUGCCGAGGUCUCCCUGCUCAGGUCUCCUUGCUGAGGUCUCCCUGCUCAGGUCUCCUUGCUGAGGUCUCCCCGCUCAGGUCUCCCCGCUCAGGUUGCCCCGCUCAGGUCUCCCCGCUCAGGUCUCCCCGCUCAGGUCUCCUUGCUUAG